AUGGCUGUUUCCGAUUUCCUGAAGGAUUUGCCAACAUCUGAUGGAGCAAAUUUUACGACGAGUCAAAAAUGUACGAUAGCGCAAUGUGCUCGGAUAGGUAACGAAAAACACGUGAUCUGUGAUCAGAAGCCAAUUUUGCUGAAAUUUCUGAAGACAACCUGGAUUGAAAGUGUUUGUGCCAAUCGUGAAAGUUCACCAUCGUCACACUCUGAGCGAAAACGCCCAUCUGAGGCAUGUAACGGGAUGGCUGAGGAAACUGAUGAGGGUGAUGAGGCGAGGGGCUCAAAAACCAGGCGGACAGAGUGA